UUUUGCUGCUCCCACCAUGGUUCGCCAUGUCAAGCUGUGGACCCGGCCAUUCCUUAUUGGGACCUGGCGCCGGUAACACCACCACCACCACCACCAGGUGACUAGUGGAAGUGCGCUGGAGGUCUGAUUCCCGGAAAGGAUCACAUAAACGACUACCACUAUUCCGGAGAUGAAUAGUUUCAGCUUUGUUAUCAGCGCUGGCGGUUCUGCCCCUCGAGAUAACUAUAACGAUAACGUGCGGAUGAACGAGGAAAUUGAUUCAUUCGGGUGUAUGUUCCGCUAUCACCAGGGCAUGAUCUGCAAUACAACGUCAGAGCUGUGUACGUAGCUCCUUGCUUGCGGAAUAUAAAGGGUCUACCCUACGUUAUCAACCGCGGGAUACGAUGAGCACAGACUUCUACAACCCGUACGAAGAGCCCUAUGCGGCCCGUAUCACUCCUUAUGAAUACAAAGGGACCCCUUCGGCGGUGUAUCCGCAAAUCCGCUCAGACAUUCGCCUUCAACGACGUCCGAAGAGAUCCUGGCUUUUGCAUGGCCUUAGCUUUGCUUUACAUUUCGGCCUCAUUUUCAUUCACGUUCUGAUUCUGAUGAUAUGGGUGACCCACCUCGAACACAAAGUUGUCAUUCCGAUCGGAAAGGAGAGCAACCUUGUGUCGACGGUAAUAGUCCAGGUGUCUCAAAUUAUCAUCACGCUAUAUCUAGCGGCGAUGAUAUUUAUUAGCCAACAACUAGCUACUCGCCGGAACCUACAUGCCAGGCAGACAUUAACUGCUACACACGACAAUAUGAGUGCAUGGACGGGAUUGGGAGCGGCAUUACUAUCGCUAUGGCGUCAAACAACCGUGGCGGCGAGUAUUGUUGGCGCCCUCUCUGUAACAGCAUAUUUUGUCUUUGCUGCUGUACUGCAUAUAACGACGCCCGCGAUUUUCAGCGUUCAGCCAUUCAACAUGAGCCGUCAGGCAACGAUAUCGACGACGCUUGGCCCGCCCAACAUUUCGAUCAACAACCUUGGAUCCUCUAACCCGUCCAGUUUCUGGUUGGAUUCUACCCCGGUCAUUCCAUACCUUUCACAUAGUGACCGUAUCUCAAAGAUUGGUUUGGAGAACGGGACACUGUAUGACGUGCUUGAAAACAAUAAUGGGGAAGGGGACGUCUCCGUCAAUGCAUUAACGUUCAACGUCACUUGCGGCUAUGUUGACGGUGCGUCGGUGACGCCGAUCAAUGAUACAGGCAACUGGACGGUCGACACGAUUUACGAUGAACAUGUUCAACCAAUCCCUGCCCUUGCGCCCAACACAUUCAAGUGGUUGAACUUCUACAGCUACAAUUUUCAGGAUCCUUGGCGUCACGUUCUUUUCUAUACGUCAGCGAACAUCACUGAUUCCAAUGGUUCCAAUGGUAGUUUCGUCACCCUCAAUCCGCCCAUGCGCCCGGGACCAAAUAUGAAUGCGUCUCGAGAAAACGUUAGCUACUUUGACAAGACCACCGUCUACACGAUGCAAAUUAUUGGCUGCACCGUUACCCAGAUCAAUCAGAGCGCUGUGGUCGAUGCCCAGUCGCAUCUCUUGAAACGCUUAUACCCAUCUGGCCACAAAUCGACAUCCACUUGGGCGAAAUGGGACCCUGAAACGAUCCCUGCCAAUGCCACCGUUUCUUCCUCACCGGAGGGCACCACGACAAUAUACGGUCGAGGCGAACAGACUGUUGUGUCCGACGUAGCACUUCGCAAGCGGCAGACACCGGCCGAGAAUCCCACAUCCGCCCCGGCACCUCAAGACCCUAACCCAACCCCCGCACCUGCGCAGGGCAGCCCAGCCCAGAAUGCUGGAGGUACAACCCCUUUCGUACCGCCGCAGGGUAGCACGCCCGAACCCGCUCCGGUGCCGAAUGCAGGUGGCGGAGGUGGAGGGGGACAAUCUCCUCCGCCAGAGCCGCAGGGAUCAACUCCACCUGCAACGGAACCACAGAGUCCUACUCCUGUCCCAGCACCGCCGGUUGAACCCUCAGGCCCUGCCCCCCAGAACCCAGAACCAACUCCAGCUCCAGUUACUCCGACUGCAGAAUCCCAGAACCCAAAUCCAACUCCAGCUCCAGUCACUCCAACUGCAGAACCCCAGAACCCGAAUCCUACCCCUGCGCCAGUGACUUCAGCUCCAGCGCCUCAGAAUCCCGAUCCUUCCCCGGCGCCGCCAUUCCUGGCACCCCAGAACCCAAAUACUUCUCUGGCACCAGUGACUUCAGCUCCAGCACCACAGAAUCCCAAUCCUUCCCCAGCCCAGCCAACUCCAGCACCCCAGAACCCAAAUGCAUCCCCGGUGCCAGCGACCUCAGCUCCAGCACCACAAAAUCCUGAUCCCUCUCCGGGGCCGCCACAGCUAAAUACACCACAGCCUGCUCCUCAAAGACAGUCCACGCAGGGGAACAACGACGCGGUCACUGCAUCUGGUGAACAGACCACGACACCGGCAGUCCAGUCCAGUCCUAGUCCUAACUCUCAGCCCGGAGGUUCCCAGCCGUCGCUAACGACAACUACGCCAAGUGCCCACAACAGUAGUUCAGGAUUUGGAUCCCUUUCGUAUUACGACAUGUCCAAUGUUUUCCUUGACGUGUGGUGGAAUCUUUUCGAUCAAGCUGCAAUCAGCCGUUUCCCCUCCACAGACGACUGCCCAGGGUUCCCUUGGACCAACCCCGAGUUAUGUAAUCCUUUGACAGUUGUUGAGCAAUUUGUUAUGGAAGAUCUCGGGCUUCAUUCCACUCUGCUAGACAGCCCGGUUAAAGCGGCACCCAAAAUUACGCUGCACGACUUGGAGAAUUCAAUUUCUAGUGCGACGGCGGCGUCCUAUUGGGCGGCGCUGUAUGCGAAGGCUGGCGGAUUGAAGGAUGACGACCCGUAUAACAUAGCGAAUGUCAAUAACUUCGCGGUGAAUGCAAUGUCAGGCAACGCAACUAUUACUUACCCGUAUACUGCAACACGGUUAAAUAUCAACCUAUUACCGCUUCUCGUCGGUCUUGGCGCGUCUGUGGGACUCCUCCUCCUCGUAUUCCGGUUGAUUGGCACACCCAUCUUAGGCGACUCGGGUAUCGAUACUAUCGGAGUUUUGCAGAUACUGUGGCUCAUGCGCACAAGACCGGACUUGCAGAAGAUAAUCUCUGAUGUCGAUGAACCAUCGACGGAAAAUUUGCGAGAGGCUGGGAUGGUGAAUACAUCGAUGCACAUGCAUGAUGAGACGCGUCCUUUUGUGAUCUACUCGUAG